AUGCAGGCGAUUGUAUAUUCGGGAAACGUUCUUGCACUUUACGUGACCAAACCUCACGGGUUCAAAUACAAAAGUGGCAUGUUUGUCUUCCUGAUCUCUCAGAAUUCGAAUGAGCCUUUAGGAGUUAGGAGCAGGUUCACAAAGACAUGCGAGCCCCCUCAGUCAGCCGCAAAACCUAAACCAAACAGUCUAAUGAGGAUGGAAACAACAACAUCCGAUGUGAAUCAUCACAUUGAAAAAUCACAAAUCUUAUAA